UUGUUAGACAAAAGUUUUUUUCUCAUACAGACUAAUUGAUUAUUUGUUUUCUUCUUCAGAAAGUGCAGCCUAAAGAUGACAUCUGCUGUUCUACGAGUCAUUCUUGGGCCAGACAGCAGCCAGAGAGUUACAUUUCCAAAUGGACUUCCUUCCACUGUUCCUAUCCUGGAGUUGGAGAUAAAGACUCAAUGCAAUCUAACUGUGCCUUUCCGACUUCAAUUUAUGGAUAGAGACUUUGAUAAUGAAUUUGUUAACUUAACUAGCAUGAAAGAAAUUGAAGACAAAAGCACUCUGAAAGUUACAUUGGUUGAGGAGGCUGUGGACUCAAUUGCCCAUGGAACAUUGUAUCAACCGGGCAGAUGCUACUCAAACAACUUUGGAAAUUCUUCCAUUUGUGAUGAUCAUCCAAUUAUCGCUUCAUCUUCUUCUUCAUUCUCAAGAUCGUCAUGGCCUGAAGUAUUUAAUGUGCCUAAUUUUUCUUUGGAUGCAGAGUUUAAGAUUCAAGAAGGUCAAAACAAUUAUUUAAAAAAUGGCACACUCCUAAACGUUGACCCGAAGCUGAAAAGAGACAUCAUCAGUUCAUUAGUACAAGAAAUAGUGAAGUACAAACUUUAUGCCUCAAACAGAGAUGUCAGUGAAGCAGCCGAAGCACUUGUUCAAAAGUAUCCAUGCCUGCGAGAGAAGGGAUCAACAAGUGGCUGUGAAGGAUGGAAGGUUAGUUUAAAAUAUAAACUAUCCAAUUACAGAAGAGAGCUUCGUAAAGCAGGAUGUCCAGAGGUUUCUAUAAAUGCCUUUGAGAGAAAACACAAGAGCAGUCCAGCUUUGGGAGUCAAAAAGCCAAAACGUGGGGAGGUGUCAUACCUCCCAACUUACCCACCAGGGCAUAAUGAGGACUCUUUAGAAAAAAUGCGCAUGGAAUUGCUUUCUGACAUUCUGAUUAGAGAUAAUCGCAAAGCUGUCAAAGAAAAAAUGGAGAAAACCUUUCCUCUAAGGAGACUGGAAGUGGUCCAGGAUGCUCCCAUGAUCAAGGAGCUGCUAGAGAGGUGGCCUGCUCUUUUUACCCCAGAGGAGAUAAACGCGGAGUUCAAGCGGCUGACCAAUACGUCUCUUCAGUCACAGUUUCUCUCGCAGCUGGAUUUUUUAACACCGAACCUGCUCAGACUGUUUCAGAAGUCCUCAAGUCGUCACAGGAAUAAACUGAAGCUACUGGCUGCAAGCAUAUCUGAUGACACAGAUGCUGCCAGAGAGAGCAUGAUAAGAGGACUGAUGUUAUGUCUGAACGAGGAUUUUGACGCCUUGGUCAGAGACCAAAAUGACAUGACUGAAGACACCAUCGAGGCUACAACUGUGGGGAUUUUUGUAGCCAGGGAGGAUCAAACGAUGGACUAUUCAGAUGUUGGAAUC